UCUGUGAAAGAGCGAGCGAAAUAGAAAACCAUAGUGGCGGCAUAUUUAAAAAUAUUUUUCUCACAAAGCCUGAUAAAUUUUAUUAAAAUAGAUAACAGUGAAUAUAUCAUGCAGAGAAAUUUCAGAAUGCAGUUAAUAAAAUAUCUUUGAAAUAUAUGAAGUAGCGUGUAGCUAAUAUUUAAAACAUAUUUUUAUGUAACAAAUAAAAUGAAUGAGGAAGUAAAACAUAGAGGAACUUCUACAACCUUGCCUGCAAUAGAAGUAUUGCAAAGAAAUGUUCGAAAAGUGCCAACUUUUUAUAUUCGAAAACCUCGAGAAAUACCAUUUCAUUUACCUCACAAAAAAUUACUUGAAAAAAUUGAACAUGUACAAAAGGAACCUGAACCAUUGACAGGAUUCAAAGCUGCACAAGAUGACAGAUACCGCAGAGAAAGAAAACCAGUAAAAUUGGAGCCACUCAAAUUGGAGGAUGGGACAUCCAAUGUUAAAGAAAAAAAGAAACGUGCUCUAAAAAUCCGCGAGUCACGAGACAGCGUGGAAAUAAGUAAGGAGUGCACAACCGAUCCUUUGAAGGUGAAACCUGUCGUGGCGUCACAGAAGGAAGUGAUCGAUUACGUGAGAGCGAACCCGUCCUGUGGCUUCCUUUAUAUGAUAUACGCCGUGCACCCGGAGAACGUUUAUUUUACGCCCUACUAUCUAAAAGUGGUAACUUACGAAGAAAUCGAUAAGAAGAAUUAUCUAACUAUUAGUCCCUGCGGCGUAACGCAUUAUACCAACGAAAUGGUCUUCACAAAAUUGCCGGCUUGGGAACAGGAAUACACCAUUUUCGUAAAACUAACUGAUAUAAAGUUUUUUAAAGUGUACAGAUAUUGGAAAGCGUUUUAUGUGUGGAGGAAAUCGAUAUUGUUUAGAAAAUUCAGUAAAAUUCGUACGAAACUCGCCAAGAACCUGUUCAUACUGACGCCAGUGCUCGGGAGGGCCUUGCUCAACGUUCAGGCGAUGUGCUGCGAGAUGUACAUGAAAAGUUUCGCGGACGUAUCCAGAGACAUGGAUACGGCAUUCUUUUAUUUCAUCGAAGUUCUCAUGAAACGCGUGGAAAACGUAAGAGAGAAAUUGGUCGAAUUCCGUACUGUGGUAUUGGAUAUAAUAAGUCAAGCGUGUCACACGGCACUUUACCAACAAGGUUUCGUUUACGACGAUAGAAACAUACCCCCGCUUCAAAUAAUACGAGGGAAGCCGGUCGGAGGUAUGUCGUAUACGGAGAAAGCUAAUAAAAGAAAAUACUGUGAACGCUUGGCAUGCUUUAUAAAGCUUUUCGACUACAUGACGAACUACAUGCUGUAUCGUUUAACUAAACGUUCAAAUUACAUGCUAGCGGAUAUGCUACGUAUACACGUUAAUUUCACACCGAGUCGCGAGCUAUUGGAAGGCUCUGCACUAGAUGAAGUUCUUGAAGUACUACCAAGGCAAACUGAUACUUGCAAAUGGGCUCUGUUCCAAGUGGACGCCUACGUCAGACCGAAUGGUGCGGUAGAGCUAAAUCCAAGUCAAGAAAUUAUUUCUUCGUAUUUAGAGAAGAUUACGAGUUAUUGGGAUGAGCACGUGCGAAAAUUCCGACAAUUCUUAACCGAAGAAACAUUACAAAUGAUUGUCCAACCGACGAUAAUGGGUAAACAGGUCGAGUGGUCUGCUGGCAUGUCGCCCAAUUUGUAUUUUCUAAUGAACCAGGACAAGAAGAUGUUAGACGACAUAACCUUCAUUCCAACUUCUAUUAAAAAUGCAUACGAGUGCGUCUGGCUGUUCUUAAACAGAAUGCAAGCAUUUAUGGACAGCUUUAAGGAAGCUCACGAAAUGGAUGUGAAUAUUAUUAAACAAGAAAGGGAUUUGAAUGAGUUUAGAAAGCUUUGUGAAAAAUUUGUUAAGCAAAUGGAAGCUAUCGAAGACGUGGUUAGCUACCAACCGUUAGGUUUAAUAUUUCUAUGCUUGAGCCCUUUCCAGGAGCUAUUUAGGCCGCAACCCAAGAGAUUGUUUGACGUUGUACUCAACGUUACUCCCGAUAUCGGUCGUGAAUGCAUUGAUGGAAUAUUGGAAGGAGUUGAGAAUAUAAGUGGAGAUAUCACUAAAGAUCCUGAAACAGCGAGCGAACUAGUAGCUUUUAAUUUCAUGUUAGACGGAUUAGAAUCUCGCGUUGCAUUCCUCGAAGAAAGACUGGAAUACUUGAGGGAGCUUUACGAUCUGAUGGGAGAGUUCAAUAUACCUAUUCCACCUGAAGAUAUGACCCAGUUCUUAGGUCUGAGCGUUACACUCAGUACUCUACGGAGCGAUGUCGAUGCUAGAAUAGAAUCGCGUAGCAAACUCGCCGGUAUGUUUGCAAGUCAAAUUGGCAAAGACAUUAUGAAUUUAAUGUUAGAUGUUAAUAAACUAAGGGAUGAAGUUACGCAACCGUGGUUAUAUGACGAGAAAUCGGAUCUAGAGAAAGUUAUGGAGACACUCGACGAUCUAUUGGAAAAAUUAAUGGCAUGUUCGGCUCGAGACAAGCAAAUCCGGGAAUGGCAAAAAAUAUUCAAGAUACCGCCAGCUAGGUUAGAGCAAUUAGACGAAGCCAUAAAUGACGUCAAACUUAGACAGCUUCUUUGGAAAGCAUCUAAAGAAUGGAACGACAUGUUCAAAUCUUGGUACGAUAAUCCUUUUAAUACCUUGGACGUAGACGAGAUACAAAACACGACAAUAAGCUACGGCAAAAUAUUUAAUCAACUGGACAAAGGUUUACCUAGUAAUACAAUCGUACCGAAAUGUAAAGAACUCAUCGACGUUAUUAAGGAGAAAUUACCGGUGAUUUCGUAUUUACGCAAUCCGGCUUUAAAACCACGACACUGGGUGAAAAUAGAAGAGAUUUUGCACACCCGAUUCACGCCUGACGUCGUAAUGAAUCUGCAAAUGUUCGAAGAGCUCCAGGCUUUCCAACAUUCUGAUGAACUCAUGGAAGUUGCCGGUCAAGCUAGUUCGGAAGCUGGUCUCGAGUCUCUAUUGAAAAAAGUUGAAGAGAUAUGGGCCGCUUUGGAGUUUCCCGUUAUUUUACAUAAAGACGCCAGAGAUGUGUAUGUCCUCGGUGGCUUAGAUGAAAUACAAGCGAGUCUUGACGAGAGUAACAUUCACAUAAGCACAAUAUUGAGUUCGAGAAACUGUGGUCCGAUUAAAAGCCGAGUCGAAGAAUGGGCAAAGAAUUUGGAGCUUUUCGCUAAGACUUUGGAAGAAUGGUAUGCAUGUCAGCAGACGUGGAUGUAUUUGGAGGUUAUAUUCUCGGCGCCUGACAUUCAAAGACAGUUGCCAAAUGAGACGAGGCUCUUUUCGAUUGUCGACAAAUCCUGGAAGGAUAUUAUGCGUAAACUUGCUAAGGUUCCAUUGGCGAUGCCAGCGGCAACGCAACCAAAACUUUACGAGGAGUUCGUACGGAAUAAUGAAAUGUUGGAUCAGAUAAUGAAAUGUCUCGAAGCAUAUUUGGAAACUAAACGUGUGGCUUUCCCUAGAUUUUUCUUCUUAUCCAAUGACGAGCUAUUAGAAAUUUUAGCACAGACUCGCAAUCCGCACGCGGUGCAACCUCACCUCCGAAAAUGCUUUGACGCUAUAGCCAAAUUAGAAUUCGGUGUAAAGUUUCCGGAAAGUGAAAUGGAGAUAGCGGAAGACGGAACUUUAGUCGAAAAGGAAAUGUCGUUUCAAACGAGGGACAUGCUGCAAGCUAAAUUAGCAAAAACUGCGAGCCCUGAAGAUUUGACUACAGAUAUUGUUGCUAUGCUAUCUCCGGAAGGGGAGAGGGUUAACUUGGGAAAGGGUCUAAAAGCUCGAGGUAAUGUUGAAGAUUGGUUGGGAAAAGUCGAGGAAGCAAUGUUUGCAUCAGUGAAACGAUGCAUGAAAUUUGCAUUAAAAGAAUACAUGGUGAAUGAACGAGUGGAUUGGGUCGAAAUGCAUCCUAAUCAGGUAGUCCUAACCGUCUCACAGAUAAUGUGGGCCAAAGGAGUCCACGAGGUAUUUAAUUUGGAGAUACCUCUCCGUAUCGAUACGGGGUUACUGAGCUACGAGAAAAAAUGUAUAUCGGACCUCAAUGACUUGGCUGCUUUGACGCGAAAAGAUCUGACCUUAUUAUUUCGAAAGGUUUUGUGUGCUUUGAUCACGAUCGAUGUACAUGCAAGGGAUACUAUAUCACAUAUGGUCGAGAAACACGUUCAAAAAGCAAACGAUUUCGAAUGGUUAAAAAUGAUUCGUUAUUAUUGGGAAGAAGAUAUCGAUAAUUGUGUCGCAAGAAUGUCUAGUGCCAUGUAUAUAUAUGGACACGAGUAUCUAGGAGCUGGAGGUGUCUUGGUUAUAACGCCAUUGACGGACCGCUGCUACCUUUGUCUGAUGGGAGCUCUCCAGCUUGACCUUGGAGGGGCUCCGGCUGGACCGGCUGGAACCGGAAAGACCGAGACAACUAAAGACUUAGCUAAAUCCCUCGCCAUACAAUGCGUAGUUUUCAAUUGUUCUGAAGGCUUAGAUUACAAAAUGAUGGGAAGAUUUUUCUCGGGAUUAGCUACGUCCGGCGCAUGGUGUUGUUUUGAUGAAUUCAACCGUAUUGACAUUGAAGUGUUGUCUGUUAUCGCUCAGCAACUCAUUACGAUUCGAAACGCUAAAGUCGCCAAACAAACAAGAUUUAUGUUUGAGGGACGAGAAAUAAAAUUAGUGCGCACUUGUGCUGCUUUCAUCACAAUGAAUCCCGGUUACGCGGGAAGAACUGAACUACCCGACAAUCUAAAGGCACUUUUCCGGCCAAUCUCUAUGAUGGUACCGGAUUACGCACUCAUCGCAGAAGUUAUUCUGUACUCUGAAGGCUUUGAAUCGUCAAAAGGCCUAGCGAAGAAAAUGGUUCAAAUGUAUAAGUUGUCUAGUGAACAACUAUCAAAGCAAGACCAUUAUGAUUUCGGAAUGAGGGCUGUUAAAAGUGUGCUUGUAAUGGCGGGCGCAUUAAAAAGAGCUAAUCCCGAUCAACACGAGGAGAUGACGCUUCUCUGCGCCUUGAACGACAGUAACUUGCCUAAGUUCUUAGCUGCAGACGCAAUUUUGUUUGCCGGAAUUCUGUCUGAUUUAUUCCCUGGCGUCAGUCUUCCCGCCAGGGAUUACGGAGUUAUGGAAGAUGUCAUCAAAAUAAUUAUGUUGGAGCGUAAAUUACAAAUCGAAAUAUGUCAAAUACGAAAGGUAAUACAACUGCACGAGACGAUGAUAGUGCGUUGGGGCGUUAUGUUAGUGGGACCGACCGGUGGAGGGAAAACUGUAGUACUACAUGUGCUAGGUGACACGUACACACGGCUUUACGAAAACGGUGUUGAAGGCUCCCAAUAUCAACCCGUUCGCAAGUACAUUAUGAAUCCGAAAAGUCUAACUAUCGGCGAACUCUACGGAGAGGUCAAUCUCCAAACACUCGAAUGGCAUGAUGGUAUUUUGCCACUGUGUCUCAGAACAGCAGUUCAGUGUUUAAACCCGGAUCAUCAAUGGCUGAUCUGCGACGGCCCUGUCGACGCUGUUUGGAUUGAAAACAUGAACACUGUACUGGACGAUAAUAAGAUGCUUUGUCUCUCUAACUCCGAACGGAUCAAAUUAACGCCUUAUGUGCAUAUGGUGUUCGAGGUAGCUGAUUUAGCUCAAGCAUCACCGGCCACCGUCUCACGUUGCGGUAUGGUGUAUAUCGAUCCGAACGAAAUGGGAUAUUUGCCGUUCGUACGUUCUUGGCUACAAGAGGGCGUCGAAAAAAAUCUAUUCAAUCAAGAGAAUUCCGAUUUUAUAUACGAACUGUUCAAGAUGACGCAAGUCGGCUUAGACCACGUUAAUUACAAUUGUGGUGUUGGAAUCAAACAGGUGGACAUCAGCAAAGUGAGUGCGCAGUGCUUCCUGCUGGGUGCGCUACUCGCAGAGCCCGGAGAUCGAUUUGCGGAUAAAGCUGCGUUGAAGAUUUAUAUCGCUCAUUGCUUCAUAUUUUGUUAUGUGUGGUGUAUUGGCGGGAACAUUCUAGAAAUGAAUAGACAAUCCUUUGAAGAAGUCAUUAAACGACAAUUUGAAGAAUACGAAGAAGCCGAAUAUUACCCUCAGGGUUUCAAUUUCUUUGACAUGUACAUGGACACGCGCCAACGUAAAUUAAAAGUGUGGGCCGAGAUCAUUCCAGAAUUCAUAUACGACUGUAAUAAGCCGUUUUUCGAGACUUUAGUGCCUACAAUCGACACAGUCCGCUACGGAUAUUUAUUCGAGAAACUUCUCGGUGCCGGUAAACCUGUCAUGUUUACCGGGAACACUGGUGUAGGUAAAACGUGUAUAGCGGUCGAGAUUCUAAACAGAAUGUCGUUGACGGGAUAUUAUGUGCCGGUCAUAUUGAAUUUCUCGGCUCAAACAAGCAGCCCUCGCACGCAGGAGGUUAUUGAGUUACGCUUAGAUAAAAGGCCCAGAAAAGCAAUCGGAGCUCCGCUUGGUAAGAAGAUAAUUAUAUUUAUAGACGAUGUGAACAUGCCCAAAUUAGAUGUAUAUGGCGCUCAACCUACAAUCGAAUUGUUGAGGCAAUUUCUCGACUUUGGUGGAGUAUACGAUCGAGACAAACUGUACUGGAAAGAUAUAUUAGACGUUGUCCUAUCUUGUUCAUGUGCCCCUCCCGGUGGUGGUAGGAAUCCACUGACCGCACGCUUCGUGAGGCAUUUCGCAAUGCUUUACAUAGCUGCGCCUAACGCGGACGCAAUGAAAACUAUCUUUAAGGCAAUCCUCAAAGGGCACAUGGAGGAUUUUGUACCCGAAGUUUCGGUCCUUGGAGAAUCUAUCGUCAAUGCCGCUGUCGAAGUUUACCUUAAGAUUUGCGCUGAAUUAUUACCAACGCCCGCAAAGUCUCAUUACGUAUUCAAUCUACGUGAUUUAUCUAAAUCUAUGCAGGGUGUUUUGCAAGCACAAGCGGCCUAUAUGAGAUCUCCACAAGGAAUGCUGAGAUUGUUCUAUCAUGAAUGCCUUCGUGUAUUUCACGACCGGUUAAUAAAUAUACAGGAUAAGAGUUAUUUUUAUCAUCUAAUGGCUUCAGUGUGUGAAAAGAACUUCCAAACUCCUAUUUUAAGUGUUCCCGAUGAACCGAUCAUUGAACAUCCGCCUCUGUUGUUGUUCGGCGAUUUUCUCAAUUCAUCCGUACCCAAAGAGAAUAGAACAUACCAAGAAAUUCCAGACAUCUCUAAGCUCAUGAUUGUAUUGAAGGAAUAUUUGGAUGAAUACAAUUCAACUGCUCGAGCUGAAAUGCAUUUAGUUCUUUUUCAAGACGCUGUUGAACAUGUGGUUAGAGUGGCCAGGGUUUUCAGAGCCGAACGUGGGCAUUGUCUCAUGGUUGGUCCCGGGGGAUCAGGCAGACGCAGUGUGGCUACCCUUGCUGGACAUGUCAACGAAUGCAAAUGUUUGGGCAUGGAGUUAAAGAGAAAUUAUGAUACUCCAGAAUUUCACGAUGACCUUCGAAUGAUGUAUAUGAGGGCCGGUGUUAAUUGUGAAGAUACCGUUUUCUUAUUUACGGACACGCAGAUAACGAAGGAAGAAUUUUUGGAAGAUAUAAAUAAUUUGUUGAAUUCUGGUGAAGUGCCGAAUCUCUUUGAAGGCGAUUCAUACGAGCAGGUACAGACUGGAUGUCGAACUGAAGCAGCGAAAAGUGGAGUCAAUCCCUCAGAUAGGGACGGCGUCUAUUAUUUCUUCAUUAACCGAGUUAGGGGGAAGCUGCACCUUUGCAUCUGCAUGAGCCCUGUAGGAGAAGCGUUCAGACGACGGUGCCGGAUGUUUCCGUCCUUAGUUAAUUGCUGCACGAUAGAUUGGUUCACGAAAUGGCCUCCUGAAGCUUUAUUGUCGGUCGCGCACCAAUGCCUCCAGCCGCUCGGCAACCAAGAAAUAAUCACUAAAAUAUCUAAACUCUGCGUCACUAUGCAUCAGAAUGUGGAUAUGAUGACUGACCGGCUAUACAUGGAAAUGAGGCGGUAUUUCUACACUACGCCGAGCAGCUACCUUGAUUUGUUGAAGCUGUAUUUAGCGCUGCUCGAUAAGAAACAACAGCAAAUAAUUAGAGGACGAGACAGAAUUUCAUGUGGAUUACAGAAAUUGUAUGAAACAUACGACGUUGUUGGAGUGAUGGAACAACAGGUUCGCGAAAUGGAACCAAUACUGGCACGCAAAGCGGCCGAAAGUAUCGCUUUGGUAGAAAGACUUAAAAUUGAACAGAAAGCUGCUGACGAAGUUAAACAAGCAGUUAUGAAAGACGAAGCUGAGGCUAAGAUAAAAGCCGAAGAAGUGAAAGAGAUUGCAGACGAAGCAAAAGCAGAUCUCGCUUUAGCAAUGCCAGCUAUGGAGGCAGCUCAAAACGCCCUGAAAGCUCUCAAUAAAGCAGACAUAAAUGAAUUGAAAGCAUUCCAAAAGCCUCCAGCUUUAGUUCGCUUUGUUAUGGAGCCUGUUUGUAUUUUGAUGGGAGUCAAGCCCGACUGGGACUCGACCAAGAAGCUGUUGGCGGAUGUGAAUUUCAUUGGUAAAUUAGCAGACUAUGAUAAAGAUCAUAUUCCUGAUGCAACUCUGAAAAAGAUUAAAGUGUAUCUCACGCACAAAGAUUUCAACCCUGAUACUGUCGUUAAAGUUUCGAAGGUUUGUCGUUCAAUGGUUCUGUGGGUGCAAGCAAUAGAUAUGUACGCUAAAGUUUUCAGAGUUGUGGAACCGAAAAUAUUAAAACAUAAAGAAGCCGCUGCCAUUCUUAAAAGUGUUAUGGCCGUGCUAAGAGCUAAACAAAAGGAAGUAGAAGCUAUUGAAGCACAACUGGCGAAGAUGAUGGACGAGCUGAAAACGGUGGAAGAUGAACGAUUAAAGCUCCAAGCAGAUGUUGACUUAGCAGCGGCGCGCCUGUCCCGUGCCGGUAAGCUGACUCAAGCUUUAGCCGAUGAGAAAACGCGAUGGGAAGAGAGCGUUAAGGCGGCUACACAACAACUUCAUUGCACGACCGGUGAUAUCAUUGUCGCAUCUGGAUGCAUCGCAUACUUUGGCGCGUUCCCGUCGCAUUAUCGACGCGAGCUGGAACUAAAGUGGAUUGCGGAAUGCUCGGAGCUGGAAAUACCUUCCUCAAAUACCUUCGACUUAAUAUUAGUGAUGGCAGACUCGUAUACUGUUCGUACUUGGAACUCUCAAGGGCUUCCGCGGGAUGCAAUAUCGACUGAGAACGGUAUAUUGGUAACUAGGGCGGGUCGUUGGCCUCUUACGAUCGACCCUCAGGAACAAGCCAACCGUUGGAUUAAAAACAUGGAGAGAGAUAACGGUCUUCAGAUAACUAAACUGAAUGACCCGGGAUAUGUACGUAUUCUGGAGAACUGUAUACGACUUGGCUGGCCCAUGCUUAUUGAAGAUCUGGGGGAGACGCUCGAGGCCACGUUGUCACCCGUCCUAUUGAAACAGACUUUCCUUCAGGCAGGACGACUUCUGAUACAUCUAGGUGACAGUGACAUUGAAUACGAUACGAAUUUCCGUUUGUAUAUGACAACGAAAUUAGCGAAUCCCCACUAUUUACCGGAGAUAUGCAUACAAGUCACCCUUGUUAACUUUACGGUCACACUAUCUGGCCUCGAGGAUCAAUUGUUAGCGGAUGUAGUGCGACUGGAACGACCCGACUUGGAAAUUCUUCGCACUGAACUAAUCGUGCGCAUCAACGCGGACAAGGCGACAUUACUAGAAAUCGAGGAUAAAAUCCUCAGACUUUUGUACGCGUCGUCUGGUAAUAUUUUGGACGACGAAGAACUCAUAGAGACACUUAACGAAAGCAAGGAAACCUCUGAAAUAAUUAAUGCUCGUCUCGAAGAAACCGAGGCGACCGAAAUAAACAUAUCCGCAGCGCGAGAGAAGUACCGGACCGUAGCGACAAGGGGCGCGGUACUUUACUUCGCAGUGGCCCAAUUAGCGGACAUCGAUCCUAUGUAUCAGUUCUCACUCAAGUACUUCAAUCAGGUAUUCAAUGCAGUUAUAGAGAAAAGUGAGAAAUGCGACUUACUCGAAACCCGCCUUGAAAUACUCCAUAGAGAGAUCACCUUGAACGUAUAUCGUAAUGUUUCGCGAGGGCUCUUCGAAAGACACAAGCUGGUUUUCAGCUUUCUGUUGAACAUGGCUGUAUACCUGAACGACGGCUUAGUCACAAUGGACGAGUGGAAUUUCGUACUACGAGGACCGGCAGGAACUAAAGUGGUACCGCCCAAAAAGCCUAAUAUUGAAUCACUUAGCGAUCAAAUGUGGCUCGCCGUUCAUCACUUGGACGAGACCAAUGAAAAUUUCCGAGGCCUGGUGUCGGACUGUCUGAGGAGAAUACCAAUAACAAUAGGCUCGUUCAAUGUGGAUAUUCACGUGAACAACAACGACAAAACUCCACCGAAAAUUAACUGGGAUGAAAAGUUGUCCUCGUUUGAGAAAUUAAUGAUUUUAAAAUGCUUGAAAGAGGAAAAACUGGUGUUUGCGAUCGCUCAAUAUGUUAGCACUAGCUUGGGUCACAUGUUCAUCGAAAGUCCAACCGUCCAACUAAAUACAUUAUACGCAGAUACUAACUGUGCGAUUCCAUUGGUCUUUGUCUUGAGCACGGGAUCAGAUCCAUUUGGAGCCUUCCAGAAAUUUGCAACCGAGAUGGGUAUGCGGGACCGUCUUCAUUCUAUAUCAUUAGGGCAAGGUCAGGGACCGGUUGCUGAGAAAAUGAUUAACAAUGCUAAACCAAAAGGGGACUGGAUAUUUUUACAGAAUUGUCAUUUAGCAGCCUCCUGGAUGUUAAGUCUAGAAGUAAUCGUGGCCAAUUUGGCAAGCGAGCACGGAACCCCACACUCAGACUUCAGACUGUACUUGAGUUCAAUGCCUACCGCAAAAUUCCCGGUGUCGGUGUUGCAAAACUCUGUUAAGGUCACCAACGAACCACCGAAGGGAUUAAAGGCUAACGUCAAAAGGGCCCUUAUAGAAAUGGAAGAGGACUUCUUUGAAAAUCAUGUUCUGGGUCAGGAUUGGCGAACAAUGCUAUUCGGUAUUUGCAUGUUUCAUGCUAUAAUACAGGAACGAAAGAAGUUUGGUCCGCUCGGUUGGAAUAUUACAUACGAAUUCAAUACAAGCGACCGGGAAUGCGCCAUGCUCAAUCUUCAAAUGUUCUGCGCCGACGGACACAUACCGUGGGACGCGCUGGAGUAUAUCACAAGUCAGAUAACGUACGGCGGCCGCGUGACCGACAUGUGGGACCAACGUUGUUUGACAACCAUCUUGAAAUUGUUCUUCUCGGCCCCGACGCUCGAGGACGGCUAUGUAUACUCGCAGUCUGGUAGAUAUUACUGCCCCAGAGCGGAUAAACUAGAAGCAUACAAAGAGUACAUGGAUACUCUGCCCGUGAUCGAAGUCCCCGAAGUGUUUGGAAUGCACGAUAAUGCGAAUAUAGCGUUUGAGAACAAGGAGAGCAAUACCCUGAUACAGACAAUAGUAGAGGUACAGCCGCGCGCGGGCGGCGGGGGCGGCGGCGAUACACCUGAUCAGAUUGUGUGGCGGAUCUGUGAUCAAGUUCGAUCGACCGUUUCGAAAAAGAUAGAUAAAGCCUCCGUGAACCCUGACCUAAUGGUUCCUGACGAUAUGGGACAGUUACACUCCCUAACUACCGUACUCUUACACGAGACCGACAGAUUCAACGCGCUUCUAGCUUUGAUUCACUCGUCUCUUGGUGAACUACAAAAAGCUAUUAAGGGAAUAGUCGUCAUGUCGGAAGCAUUUGAAGAGGUUUUCAAUGCGUUUUUGAAUAAUCGUGUGCCAGCAAUGUGGCACAAGAAGGGCUACAAUUCACUGAAGUCUCUCGGUAGCUGGAUACACGAUCUCGUGCUUCGAAUAGAUUUUAUGGAGAAAUGGUUAGUUGACGGUCUACAGCCCAGUAGUUGGGUGUCCGGGUUAUUUUUCCCUCAAGGUCUGCUAACGGGCGCAUUACAGUCCUACGCGCGAAGAUAUCGAGUGCCGAUAGACGCACUCGUGUACGACUUCAAACCCAUACCGUUUUUCUUAUCGCAAGACGAUGUUUACAAGCACAAUAAGAAAAACAUAAAGGAUGGAGACGAUGUGUUUGGAGCGCUGACAGUGCCCGAGGACGGUGUCAAUAUACACGGUCUAUUUAUUGAUGCAGGCCGAUGGGACUCCGAAAAUAAUUGUCUUGUCGACGCUUUAGCAGGUCAAAUGAAUCCUCCGCUGCCAGUGGUGUGGUUCUACCCGGUCCUCGAAUUGCCAAAACCGGACCCACGUUACCAAGCGCCCCUCUACAAGACGUCAGAGAGAGCAGGCACUUUAUCGACUACCGGGCACAGCACUAACUUCGUUCUACCGGUGUUGCUACCGACGCACAUGCCACCCGAUUUUUGGAUCAUACGUGGUACCGCCCUACUCACUCAAGUUACAGACUGAAAAAUGCGUUAAUUAUUAGUGUGUCACCGAAAUAUCCUGCAUUAUAAUAAAUCGAUUCAGAAAGUACCUACUACCUACUAAUAGUAAGAAAGAUUGAAGAGAUAGUUAAAAAUGUUUUUAAUAUGUUUUAUAUGUGAUGAUUUAUUUUAUGACUUUUGUUUUUUAGUAUUAUUUUAUUGUAUAGUUUUUAAACACAAUAAAUUUUUAUAUUAUUAUAAA